GAUGCAGGACAGUGUGGACCUGACUCCUGGCGCCAGAGAGAAGUGGCAGUGAUCAUCACGAGGACAAUCACAAAAUCACGCUCUGGGAUCAGAUUAAUUUACGUGUUUUUAUUCCGGUUUUACCCCUACUGAUCCUUCACUUAUUUCACUUGACUCGGGACAGCAUGACGGAGAUCGGAUUUACACAAUUUGGAUUAUUUCAAUGAUGGUUCGCUUCAAAUGCACAUUUCCACGGAGCUGCAGCUGAGGUUUCAUUCAAAAUCCGAUUGGAUUUGCUAACAGCGUGAUGGAUACAAAUGAGUUCGCAGUACUGAAACUUUUUGUUGUUGGGAUUUUGGUCAAUGCCUGGAUGAUAAGAGGGUUGUCAGCAGCCACUGACAGUAUCAACAUAGAGCCCACUCCCCCCCGGCCGAGGAAACCCUGCAAUGAGUCCCGUCUGCAGUGGGAGGUGGAGGUCUGUGGAGAGGACUUCAAGCGGGAGAUGGGUCACAUAGAGCCACAUUACUGGUGUAACCUCACACACUUCAUCAGUGAGUACCACCGCUUCACCUUCUGCACGGAGAUAAAGUCCAACAUCGUCAGCUGCUACUGGCCCAACCCGCUGGUAGAGAGCUACAUCAUCCACAUACACAAGCACUUUUUCUCCAACUGCACCUUGGAGCACGUUGUAUGGGUGGACCCGCCCGACGACACGUUAACCAUCCUCAUCCUCGUUCCAGUUUUCCUCACUUUGGCCAUGAUCGCCCUGGUGGUCUGGUGCAGCAAGAGGAGCGAUAUCCUGGCCUAAGACAAGAGGAAGACGGAAGUAGAGGGAGAAGAAAGACAGAAUUCAAGGUCCCAACCUACUCCAUUAAAACAUUUAUAUACAAAGGAGUGCACAGAGUUUUUGGGAGAUUGCUUCAGUUGGUCAAAAUACCCCAUAAGUGGCUCUGCAAACCAGACAUAGGCAGUUGCAAAGUUGUGUUUUCUUGAGGUUUUUUUCACAGUUCUGACGUUGAUAUACUGUCACUCAACAUGUUUAUCAAAUAUUUCAAUUCUACAGUUGAUUCUUUACUACUUUGAUUUAUUUUGUGACUGGUAACAGAGGCAACACAACCCCUUGUGAAUUAACACUGUUUCGCUUUUGUUUCGAAUGAGAAAAGUAUCAAUAAGGGAGCUUAAGAUGUUGAUCUUGUUACAUUUGUAUAAAGCCAUAUUAGCUGUUUCCCAUUAUUUCCAUUCUUGAGCUAAGCUAACCAGCUGCUAACAGUACCUUUCUUUACUUAGAACAUUUGAAUUAGAGGAGUGUCAAUCUUCUCAUUUAAUUCUUAAACCCAUUUUCUUGAUUGUUGAACUAUCCCUUUAGGACACAGAGGAGUUAGGUCGUUUGACAACACUUAUUGGGUAAAUUGACCAGCAGGGAUCGAAUGAAUCUGUGUGUAUUCUUCAAAGCUCAUGGAUCCGGACCGUUGACCUCGGAGAUUCUUGUCUGAGCACUGAACCGUCGCUGAAGGCCAAAGCAUCCACCAAGCGUCAGAGGCAAGUCUAAACUGGUGGGAAAUUAGAUUCCCAGAAGACACCGUUUGUUAAAUAUUUUAACAUGAUAUUUUCAGCCAAAUCUGGACUUUAUAUUGAUUCCGCAAGUUGUAUCGUAUUGUUGAGUUACUGAAUAGAUUGUCACUACUGGAAGAGGAUACACUGGUGUGCAACCCAAAGACACAGCAACACUAUGAUUAAUAUAUUUGGGGAAUUUCUUGUGUUACUUACCUGAGCCUCCACGGACUGCUUUAUAACAGUGUAACUUAUCAGAUACUGUUGAAUAAAAUACUAAGAGGGAUUCUCAAUGGAAACAGAACUAUGGACUGCAAUUGAGACCUCACACUGUACAGUUCUGCUCUCUGUGCUGUCUACUGUAUCUGCAUCGCCUCCCUAGUGAGAAGUACACACUGAUGCUUUGAAGUGAAUUCCUUUAGGGGAAGGCUUCAUUUAAUGUUCCCACUUCGCUGGUUCUUUGAACUGCAGUCCCUAACAGCCACGAGGCAAACUAAACCAAGCAUUGCUUUUUUAUUUUCUUCCAAAGCAUAACGCAUCAAUGUCUGUUUGUCAGCUCCUCACCUGCCAAUCUUUGUCUGUGGAAACUGAUUAAAGCUGUCUUAAAAUAACUGGUUGCGCUUCUUCCUUUUGUAGAAAAAGCAAGUUAACAUGUACUGCUACAAGUUUCUUUGUGAUGCAAUGUUUCUCAGCUUUUGUUUGUGAAUCAAUGUAUAUGUAUCUUCUGCACAAUGAAAUGCAUUCAUUUCUUUUGUAAUUCACAAUCAUCUAAAAAAGUGCAACAACCUUGCCAAUGCGUGUAAACCAUUUGUAAACCAUGGAAAAACUUUGUUAAUUUAUGUUUUAUUGCCAGAAAAGAUCUUUAUUUUGCAUCAAUUGUUCAGAUUAAAUCACAAUGACAUUAACUUUGAGAUAUUUCUAUAAUCUAUGUAAGAAACAAUGCCACUUGCAUCUUUUGGCCUCCUUUAAUUGUAUUUCACAAAACACUCCGUUAUGAUGUGAUACAAUACAAUUGAAUGUACCCAUUUUCGAUGUAUAAAUAUAUACUUUAAUGGAAAAAAUAUUUAAACUGUGCACUGAUUUUGAGAUUUUGCCGGUAGAGGAAGUAAAAUGCUUUUCAUAAAAUCAAAUCCCACUUUGA